GGUCGCGCGCCGUCUUCGUCUCAGUUCGACUCAAGCUUCCAUCAGACGAGUUACGGCCACUUUAGAAACUGAAUUUGGACAACGCUUCGAUAAAUAAUCAAAAGUAAAUUGCCCCAAUAUGGAUGCCAUGAAACGCGGUUGGUUUAGUGAGAUAAACAAUUUCUGGCCUGGCGUCGCGUUGUCGCUAAAAGUAAAUGAAAUUCUGUAUAUAGGACGUUCGAAUUUUCAAGACAUCUUGUUAGUACAAACACAAUCACACGGUCGGGCUUUGAUGCUUGAUGGCAUAAUCCAAUGCACGCAAAGAGACGAGUUUUCCUAUCAUGAAAUGAUAUCGUACUUACCGCUCUGCUGCCAUCCUAAUCCUGCAAACGUCUUAAUAAUUGGAGGCGGCGACGGUGGGACUGCUCGAGAGGUCGCAAAGCAUCCGGAUGUGCAGCAGAUCACGUUGGUGGAAAUCGACGAGAUGGUGAUCAAUGUAUCUAAAGAAUAUAUGCCAUUUUUAGGUUCGGGUCUGAACAAUCCGAAAGUAAAGAUCUCUAUUGGUGACGGUUUCAAAUUCCUGAAGAGCCACCCCGGCGAAUACGACGUCAUUAUUACUGACAGCAGCGAUCCCAUAGGUCCCGCCGAGCACCUCUUUGAACAAUCGUAUUAUCAAUUGCUGAAGACAGCAUUGAAACCUGGAGGGAUUAUUUGCAGCCAAGCUGGCACGGCGUGGCAGAACGUACACCAAGUGCACAACACUUUCUUGCAUUGCAAAAGCGUGUUUCCGGUCGCCGCUUACGCAGUAACGACCGUACCGACUUACCCCACGGGUCAGAUUGGCUUCGUUCUCGGAAGCUCAGAUAGCCAAACGGACUUGACGACACCGUUGAAAAUAUUCAGCGAGGAAGAGCUCAAUCGUAUGGAAAUGAAAUAUUAUGAUGAUAAGAUACAUCGGGCUGCUUUUGUCUUACCACGGUUCGUAAAAAAGGAAUUGAACGAUGACCUACUCUAGAGAUGAUUUGAAAUAUUUGUUAGUUUUAAGCAAAACGAUUGUUGUAAAGCUUGUUUACAAUCAUACAUCUAUGAACAAGAAAUGAAAUGUUUGCACAGUUCUGUAAUCUCGCCAAAAAAUAAAAUAUUUGGUAUAAUUAGUAA